GAAAAAGUAGCUGUCAAAUGCGCGGCUCCUUUAACCAGAGCGAUCAGUCCGGCUCGGAGAGUCAUGGCGACCACAGCGUCUAACCACUACAGCCUGCUCACCUCCAGCUCCUCCAUGGUGCAUGCGGAGCCGCCGGGGAGCAUGCAGCCGGGCGCCGGCUACAGGGAUGCACAGACGCUGGUGCAGGCGGACUACACGCUGCAGAGCAACGGGCACCCGCUCAGCCACGCUCACCAGUGGAUCACGGCGUUGUCCCACGGUGGGGGAGGCGGCGGCGGCGGGGACUCGCCCUGGUCCACCAGCCCCCUGGGCCAGCAGGACAUCAAGCCCUCGGUGGUGCAGUCCGGGGGCCGGGGGGACGAGCUGCAGCAGCACCAGCAGCAGCAGCAGCACCAGCAGCAGCAGGGGAGACCGCCCCACCUGGUGCACCACGCCGGCAGCCACCACGCCGCCGCCGGGGCAUGGAGGACGGGCGCCUCGGCUCACCUGCCGCCCAGCAUGGCCUCCUCCAACGGGGGGCAAGCGGGGCUGCUCUACUCCCAGCCGCCGGGCUUCACGGUCAACGGGAUGCUGAGCUCCGGCCAGCCGGGCUUGCACCACCACGGCCUGAGGGAUGCCCACGAUGAGCAGCAGCAGCAGCAGCACCACGGCGGAGAGCACCCCGGGGGGCACCCGCAGCAGCACCCUCCGCACCAGCAGCAGCAGCAGCACCCCGGGGGCGGCGGCGGGGGCCACCACGACCCCCACUCGGACGAGGACACGCCGACCUCGGACGACCUGGAGCAGUUCGCCAAGCAGUUCAAGCAGCGCCGGAUCAAACUGGGAUUUACCCAAGCGGACGUGGGCUUGGCCCUGGGCACCCUGUACGGGAACGUCUUCUCGCAGACCACCAUCUGCAGGUUCGAGGCCCUGCAGCUGAGCUUCAAGAACAUGUGCAAGCUGAAGCCUUUGUUGAACAAGUGGUUGGAGGAGGCGGACUCGUCCUCGGGCAGCCCCACCAGCAUAGACAAGAUCGCAGCCCAGGGGCGCAAGAGGAAAAAGCGCACCUCCAUCGAGGUGAGCGUCAAGGGCGCCCUGGAGAGCCACUUCCUCAAGUGCCCCAAGCCCUCUGCCCAGGAGAUCACCUCGCUGGCGGACAGCCUACAGCUGGAGAAAGAGGUGGUGCGAGUGUGGUUUUGUAACAGGAGACAGAAAGAGAAACGCAUGACUCCCCCGGGAGGGACUCUGCCCGGAGCCGAGGAUGUAUAUGGGGCAAGUAGGGACACUCCACCACACCACGGGGUGCAGACGCCUGUGCAGUGAACUCACAUGGGGGCUGGCGGGGGUAGAGGGGGUAUUGACCCCCCCAAUUCCCACCCCUCAAACUUUUGAUUGUUCUUUUUCUCUUUUUUUCUCUCUUUUUUGUUAACGUUUUCUCCUAUCUUAAAAACAGAGAAAAAAACUGCACUGGACUAUCCCGUAAACGGUAGCAGGUGAAAUGAUGUGUUUUGAUCUUUACAGGCGAGUGCCCAUGCAAUGGAGUGGAGUGAGUAUCACACACAAACAGACACGAGACAGACAGAUACACGCACAGUGUCAGGCACUGAGAGAAAUCUUUCACAAAAACUAAAUUAAUUACGAAAACAGAAUGGAAUCGACUCUGAGCCCUGCUAAACACAAAGGCAGCUUUAAUCUUGGAAUGAUGCUCAGUAUAGGCACAUGCUGCGGUGUUUAUUUAAUGUGGCUCCCCAUUAGGAAUAAAACAAUGAAUCCCUUUUGAUGUAGACAGUAUUUAACCGUUUGAAUUUGCACUGCAAGAAAAUUGAAGUUUACAUUAACAAAUACAUUUUUCCUACCUUGAUUUUGCAAAUGACUUGCAUUUCCCACGGUAAGCGUUAGGCAACCAUUGACCAAUCUACAAAAUGUUACUGUGUU